AGUUGCGGACGGAGCCCACCGGAAAGUCCAGUGCGUAGCCACGGCGUCAGGUUCCUCCGCCGAGCGCGGCGCUGCGUCCCUCGGCUCGGUCCCCAGUCUACUCCAAAUUUCCUCUCUGGCCGCUGCCCAUCUGCUUCAGGCCUCCCGGAUGCUGGUUUUCCGGCCAGUAGUCCCGGCAACGCUGCCUGCCGGCGCUCGGCCAUAAGCCCGGCCUGGACCACGGAGGUCGGACGCGCCGCCGCCGCCGGGACCGCCGAGACCCGCCCCCGAGCGACACGCACUUCCGGCGGCGCGGCGGCAGGGACGGAGCCCGGCGGGCGGUGAUGGACGCGCUGGCGGUCAUGAUGCAGGACCUGCUGACCCAGAACCGUGCGCUGCGCAGGGAGAACAAAGAGCUCAUGGACCAGGUGCGGCGGCUCCUGUGCGAAAAAGCCAACCUGCUGGCCCAGGUGCGCCCGCCCGCCUGCCCGGUAGCUUUUCCCGAGACGUUCAAAGGCGACUCCGCCCGGCUUCCCGAGUUUUUGAUCCAAGCGGUCUCUUACAUGAGGUUCUUUGAGGCCAGGUUCUCAAACGACACCCUCAAGGUGGCGUUUUUAAUCAGCCGCCUCAGUGGGCCGGCCGAGGAGUGGGUUGUCCCCUACAUCGAGAGGGAGAGCCCCAUCCUGGCGCAUUACGAGGGCUUCGUGGACGCGCUGAAGCGGGCCUUUGGCAGGAACGGGUAGGAAACGGCACUACUGCGAGCCCCACGGACCGGGUCGUGCUUGGCCGUGACUCACAAAGAGUUCUCCAGUCCCCACCUGCUGGGCCCGACCCUUGCGAGGAAGCCCUGCUGCCUUUGCACUCGGCCCAGCAACGCGGCCACUGGCGGGGGGCCUGUUAGCAAUUGAACGGACCACCCCGAAUCGCGCCCCUGCCGUCUCUGAAAACUGCUGCUGCCCGCCUUGGACGAUCUGUGCCAGCCUGGGAAGUGCCUGAGCUUGUCACACGCCCGGGGACACCGAUUUGGAGAUCUCAGGUCCGGAGACAGCUGCCAGGGUUCGCGUGGCUGGCAGACAAAUAUUCACACUCCUGCCCCAGGAACCUGUUUUUCACAUACUUCGUUUCUGUUCUGAAACCACAACAGGCUCAGAGACUGUGCCUUUUAUCAGAAAAGUCUAGGCAAUGAACAGUAUAUGGAAAACGUAUUCACUUUUAAAAUGUAAAUACAUAUCUUACAGCACCAUGUGUUGGGGACUGUACUUGGGGUUACAGGAGAAACAGAUGAAUAAGACCAAGUGUAUAUCUCCACAGGAACACAACUGUGAGAAAAAAUUCUAAGUGCAUAUUCUGAUGUCUGGUAAAAUAAUGCUUUCAUGUGCAGAGAAUGGCAUAUUUGCUUCUUGUUUUAUGGCCUUUUCACAUCACAGUUUUAAAAUACAUGUUAAAAACGUGCAGCUUACAAAGGAGGCAGAAAACCCAACUUGAGCAAUUUCUUUGCUCCUGAAUCUGGCAAAGCUGGUGUUUUUAAAGAUGGGUGCAACUUGUAGCAAAAAGAAGGGGUGGCAGGGAAUGGUGCAUUCUUUGAGCUGUAUCCACUCACCUUUAUUCCCCUGUAUUAAAUGACUUGGCUGCUUCCUUUUUUGUGAAUUACAGUUUUGGCCUCAGUUUUUCUUUUGUAAUUAAAGGCAUUACUUGAUCAUUAAAAUUUGGUUCAGAAUUCUGUGAUUCUCUUAGGGCCAAAAAAGGGGAAGAAAAAGGAAGGUCUGAGCCUUCAUGUCAAACAAAGUAGUUCUUAAAAUCCUCUCAGGACCAAAAUCUAUAGCUGCCUUUCCUUACAUGUCCAUAGGUUUUGUCAUUCUGGUGGUCAAUAUAGUCUCACUGAAAUAGCUUGAAUUCUAGUCACAUCUUCAUACUAAGAAAAACUCAUCACUGCCCCCUUGAUGGACAGUUCACAUACCUAAGGACUGAACUGAAAACCUCUAAUUAUAUUUUUGCACGAUUUGAUUAAAAGACAGGUUAUAGCAAUCUAAAAUAUGACACAAAUGAACAUAUCUAUGAAACAGACUCAGACAUAAAGAACAGACUUGUGGUUGCAAAGGGGGAGGGGGGUCGGGGAGGAAAGGAUUGGGAGUUUGGGAUUCGAUGCAAACUAGUAUCUAUAGGAUGGAUAAACAACAAGGUCUUACUGUAUAGCACAGGGAACUAAAUAUCCUGUGAUACACCAUAAUGGAAAAUUAGUAUGAAAAAGUAGUAUAUCUGAGUCACUUUGCUGUACAGCAGAAAUUGACAACAUUGUAAAUCAACUAUACUUCAAUAAAAUAAAUUUUUUUAAAAA